GCCCCCAGGGGAAUGGGGAGGACGCGGGUGGACCGAGCGCUGUAGCCGAGCGCAGCCUGUCGCUACGUGUGGCGCCCGGGGCAGGUGGAAGGAGGAACUGCGGGGCCGCUGCGCCUCCCCCACGCCGACUCGGAAGGGUCGCUGCUGGCCGGCGGCUGCGGUAAAGCGCCGAAGAGAAGGGGAAUUGGGCGGGAUUCGCCCUGCCGGCUGCUCCUCCCUGAAGGACGGACGGACGGACGGUCCAGGGUCGUUCUGCUGAGCCCUAGAGCGGCGGUGGAAGCAGAAGCAGGGCACUUUGAAAUUGCCCAAACCUUACUGGGGAACGUGUCUGCCAGCAGUUGAAGUGAAACUCACCACCGCUUUCUGGCUGAAGUUCUGAACGAUGCCAGCUUUAUCAACUGGAUCUGGUGGAGAUACAGGUUUGUAUGAGCUGCUGGCUUCACUGCCAGCCCAGCUGCAGCCACAUGUGGACAAUCAAGAAGACCUGACCUUCCUCUGGGAUAUGUUUGGUGGAAAAAGCCUUCAUUCUCUGGUAAAGAUUCAUGAGAAAUUGCAUCACUAUGAAAAACAGAGCCCUGUGCCCAUGUUGCACGGUGCAUCAGCCUUGGCAGAUGACGUGGCUGAGGAACUGCAGAGUAAACCACUAAACAGUGAGAUCAGAGAACUGUUGAAGCUACUGUCCAAACCCAAUCUCAAGGCUUUGCUUUCUGUGCAUGAUACUGUUGCUCAGAAAAGCUAUGAUCCUGUAUUGCCUCCCAUGCCUGAGGAUAUUGAUAAUGAAGAAGAUUCUGUGAAAAUCAUCAGGCUCGUAAAAAAUAGAGAACCUCUGGGGGCUACUAUUAAAAGGGAUGAACAUACAGGAGCUGUUGUUGUGGCUCGGAUAAUGCGAGGAGGAGCAGCAGACCGAAGUGGUCUCAUUCAUGUAGGCGAUGAGCUUAAGGAAGUCAAUGGAAUUCCUGUGGAUGAUAAAAAACCAGAAGAAGUUAUACAAAUUCUGUCUCUGUCCCAAGGAGCCAUUACAUUUAAGAUUGUACCCAGUAUCAAGGAAGAUGCCCCAUCAAAAGAAGGCAAGAUCUUCAUGAAAGCUCUUUUUGACUAUAAUCCCAGUGAAGAUAAAGCAAUUCCCUGUAAAGAAGCUGGACUUCCUUUCAGGAAAGGUGAUAUUCUUCAAAUCAUGAGCCAAGAUGAUGCAACCUGGUGGCAAGCCAAGCUGGAAGGUGAUGCCAAUCCCCGAGCAGGCUUAAUUCCUUCAAAGCACUUCCAGGAAAGGAGACUUACAUUAAGAAGAUCAGAUAUACAGAUUCGGCCCUCGAAGAUUUCAAAUAAGAAAUCAUCUGGUUUUAGGAGAAGUUUUCGCCUAAGCAGAAAGGACAGAAAAACAAACAAGACAAUGUAUGAAUGCAAGAAGAGUGAUCAGUACGACACCGCAGAUGUCCCAACCUAUGAAGAAGUAGCAAAAUAUAGGCGGCAGCCUAAUGAAAAAUACAGGCUUAUUGUCUUAGUUGGGCCUGUUGGUGUAGGACUGAAUGAACUAAAACGGAAAUUGUUAAUCAGUGAUACUCACCAUUAUGGUGUGACAGUUCCACACACAACAAGACCUCGAAGGAGCCAAGAAAGUGAUGGUGUUGAAUACAAUUUUAUUUCCAAGCACUUGUUCGAGACAGAUAUACAGAACAACAAAUUUAUUGAAUAUGGAGAAUAUAAAAAUAAUUACUAUGGUACCAGCAUUGACUCAGUUAGAUCUGUUCUGGCAAAAAAUAAAGUUUGUUUGCUAGAUGUACAGCCUCAUACGGUGAAGCAUCUAAGGACAUUGGAAUUCAAACCAUUUGUUAUAUUUAUAAAACCUCCAUCAAUUGAGCGUUUAAGAGAGACACGAAAAAAUGCCAAAAUAAUCUCAAGCAAGGAUGAAAAAGCUGCUGCCAAGCCUUUCCAAGAAGAAGACUUUCAAGAAAUGAUUAAAUCUGCACAAAUUAUGGAAAGUCAAUACAGCCAUCUUUUUGACAAAGUUAUAGUGAAUGAUGAUCUCACCACAGCAUACAAUGAAUUGAAAACAAUCUUUGACAAACUGGAGAGAGAAACAUUUUGGGUCCCAGUCAGUUGGGUGCAUUCCUAACGCUACACAAACGUUUCACAAUACUUUAAUAUGGUACUUAGUUGGGUCUGAGUGGACAUACUGUUGCUUGGGUCCUUUUCUCGUUAUGACAAGUUAGAUACACGUUGCAGUAGAAUGUUGAUCUUAUUUUCUGUGGGUUAGUAGAGUUCUCUAGGCAGCAGAACACAGCAAAGCCUUAUUUUUACUGGAUUCUUUCCUUAUUUUUUUAAAAAAAAUUAUCCUCAACUAUUGUAAUACCAUCUUUCAUAAAUAAUUUGCACUCUACCAUGACAUUUCCUUUAAGCUAAGGUUUGAUAGAAGAUCUUAAGAUGAGAGAUCACUGCUAAUACCAUAUAUAGUUUUUGUUAGCACUUGAAAAUGUUAUAACUGGAGCAUUUUUUUGUUAACGAUGUAAGUGUCCAAUACUGAUCUAUACACAUAGAAUGCAAACUGCUCCUCUACAUUCAGCUUGACAUUGAGCAAAUUUAAGUUACUUUGGUGGAAAAAUUAUCUUAGAUAUUUUCAACAAGCAAUAUAUAAUAUUUUACAUCUUACGUAUUUGUAUAUUGACCUUUGGUGGGAUUUAAGACAAUGGGACAAGCUUGAGAUGGUUUGAAUAAUUCUUAUAUAAGAAUAAGAUGAUGUGGUGGAGGAUAGUAGCCUUUGCAACUGAGUCAGUUGUAUAAAUGUAUUUAUAUAAAUACUUGAUUAAUUUAAAUAUAUAUCUUUCUAAAGCUGCCUUUGAGAAAAACCUACAAGCUAUGUUUCAGUGUGAAAACUUGUGAAUCAUUCCCAUUUUACACAAGGCCAUGUAGUUAAUACUUAAAGCUGUGUUCUCUGAAAUGCAGAAAGGAACUUUAAAAAUUUCCUUGAUUUUCUGUUAACACCAAAUACGUUACUGGAU